AUGGCCAAAGGAGCUGGUACCGCAUCCUCUCCCACCACGGCGACACCUCCCUCCGGAGCGCUGAAACGGUCCACCUCCAGCACACAAAACAUGAAGAACCAGCGGUCUAUUCUGGGUUUCUUCCAGAAAUCUUCACCAUCGACACCAUCUGUUGCUCGUAACGCAGAACCUGCCUCGUCUCCCGCAGAGAGGGCCUCCGAAAAGCGCGAGGCGAAUUCCAGACAAGCGACGUCGAAGAGUGAGAAGAAGAGCGUGCCGAGGUUUACACAAAACUUGACUCCUGUCCCAAGCAGCGACUUGGUCGUGCCUGAGGAGGAUGAGGAUAAAACUCAGGAUCUAGAAAAGAAGACUGCUUCUCCCUCCCGUCGGGCCAAGAAACAGAUCAGCUAUGCCGAAUCCGAAUCUGAGGGUGAAGACGACGAUGAUGUGAUAUUCGGGCCCAAUAGACGAAACAAUCGCGCCUCUAAAAGACGCAAGGUUUCUCCGGAGAGCGAAGAUGAAUUCGAGCAAGGUGGUGAGGUCGGCUAUUCAGAUGACGAGAUGGACGACUUUAUCGUUGCGGACGACUCCGAUGAAGAAGCCAAGCCAUCCAAGAAGCGUAAGAGACCGUCAAAUGCAACCACUCGCAAGGCUUCCUCUCUUUCCGCUCCUCCUUCUCCAGUAGAAGACCUGGACUUGGAUGUUCCAGAUGCCUCCUCAGGCACAGCUCUGAAGUGGACCUAUGAUCCUGAGAAUCUUGAACCCCGCCAGAACCGGACAAUACAAGCUACACCGAAAAGUACCGCAACUCCUGCUAAGCAGAAAGUGCAUCUCAGGGAGCCUGAAGAGCGCUAUCCUUGGCUCGCAAACCUUCGGGACAUAGAUGGACACCCACCAGAUCACCCCGACUACGACCCUCUUGUCUUUUUCAAAAAGGGCAAGUUCUACGAGCUGUAUGAGAACGACGCUACGAUCGGUCACCAAUUAUUCGAUUUAAAGCUCACGGAUCGUGUUAACAUGCGGAUGGUCGGUGUGCCUGAGAUGAGCUUAGAUCACUGGGCCAAUCAAUUCGUGGCCAAAGGUUUCAAGAUUGCCCGCGUGGACCAGUCUGAAUCUGCCCUGGGUAAAGAAAUGCGCGAGAGAGACGGAAAGAAGGCUGGCGGAAAAGAAGACAAGAUUAUAAAGAGAGAGUUAUCCUGCGUCCUUACGGCUGGCACAUUGGUUGAAGGCUCUAUGCUGCAGGAUGAUAUGUCCACCUACUGUGUUGCGAUCAAGGAAGCCAUUAUAGACGACCGUCCUGCUUUUGGGCUUGCGUUCGUGGACACAGCGACUGGCCAAUUCUUUCUGUCAGAAUUUGUGGACGAUGUUGAUAUGACCAAGUUCGAGACAUUCGUCGCACAAACUCGUCCCCAGGAACUGCUGUUGGAGAAGUCCACAAUUUCUCAGAAAGCUCUGCGCAUUCUGAAAAACAACACUGGUCCCACCACCAUCUGGAACCACUUCAAACCUGGAAAAGAGUUUUGGGAGGCAGAUAUAACUGUGAAGGAACUGGAUGCUAGCGAAUACUUUGUCUCUCAAGAUGACGAUAACUUACAAGCCUGGCCGGAGACUCUGCGAGAGGCUCGAGACAAGGAAUUGGUUAUGUCUGCGUUCGGAGCCUUGGUCCAAUAUCUCAGGGUUCUGAAACUCGACCGCGAUCUGAUCACGAUAGGUAACUUCUCAUGGUACGACCCUAUCAGGAAGGCCUCCAGCUUGGUCCUUGAUGGUCAAACUCUGAUCAACAUGGAAAUAUUCGCCAACUCAUUUGAUGGUGGCUCAGAGGGGACACUCUUCCAGCUUCUAAAUCGCUGCAUCACCCCUUUCGGCAAGCGUAUGUUCAAGCAAUGGGUUUGCCAUCCAUUGAUGGAUGCAAAGAGGAUCAAUGCGAGGUUGGACGCUGUUGAUGCCCUGAACGCUGAUUCAAGCGUUCGAGACCAGUUCUCUUCCCAGCUGACCAAGAUGCCUGAUCUCGAGCGGCUGAUCUCCCGUAUCCAUGCAGCCAACUGCAAAGCGCAAGAUUUUGUGCGUGUGCUGGAAGGAUUCGAGCAGAUUGAAUACACAAUCACUCUCCUCAAGGAUAGCGGCUCUUCGGGAGAAGGAGUCAUUGGGCAGCUGAUUAGCGGGAUGCCCGACUUGAGUUCUCUGCUGGAAUAUUGGAAAACAGCUUUCGACCGCACUAAGGCGAAGGAAAACGGCAUCCUGGUUCCCAAACCAGGUGUCGAGGAAGAUUUCGACACCUCCCAAGAGUGUAUCGAACAAUUGCACAGGGAUCUUGACAACCUCCUCAAACGCCAACGCCGUGAGUUGGGGUCCACGGCCAUCUGUUAUCGUGACAAUGGAAAAGAAAUUUAUCAGCUCGAGGUGCCGAUCAAGGUGAAGAAUAUCCCUAAGAAUUGGGACCAAAUGUCUGCCACGAAACAGGUGAAGCGUUACUACUUUCCUGAACUGAGGUCUCUCAUUCGCAAAUUGCAAGAAGCUCAGGAAACGCACAAUCAGAUCGUCAAGGAAGUCGCUGGUCGAUUCUACGCACGAUUCGAUGAGAACUACACGACAUGGCUUGCAGCCGUCCGAAUCAUCUCACAACUGGAUUGUCUGAUAAGUUUGGCCAAAGCCUCUUCGUCCCUGGGUCACCCAAGCUGCCGCCCUGUCUUCGUCGAAGACGAACGCAGUGUGCUUGAAUUUGAGGAGUUGCGUCACCCAUGCCUUCUUUCGUCGGUGGAGGACUUUAUUCCCAAUGACGUGCGUCUGGGCGGCGAAGUGCCGAAUAUCAAUCUCCUCACUGGUGCUAACGCAGCCGGAAAAUCCACGGUUCUCCGAAUGACAUGUAUCGCUGUUAUCAUGGCUCAAAUCGGCUGUUACCUGCCCUGCCAGUCCGCUCGGUUGACACCUGUUGAUCGCAUCAUGUCCCGUUUGGGUGCGAAUGACAACAUCUUUGCAGCCCAGUCCACAUUCUUCGUGGAGCUCUCAGAGACGAAGAAGAUAUUGUCUGAAGCUACACCAAGGUCACUCGUCAUUCUCGAUGAGCUCGGCCGUGGAACUAGCUCUUAUGAUGGUGUUGCUGUUGCCCAGGCGGUACUGCAUCACGUCGCCACUCAUAUUGGGGCAAUGGGCUUCUUUGCAACCCACUAUCAUUCUCUCGCUGCGGAAUUCGAUGGUCAUCCCGAGAUCACACCCAAACGCAUGAAAAUCCAUGUUGAUGAUGAGGAAAGACGUAUCACUUUCUUGUACAAACUGGAGGACGGCGUUGCUGAAGGUAGCUUUGGUAUGCAUUGCGCGUCCAUGUGUGGUAUUCCGAACAAAGUCAUCGAGAGAGCCGAAGUCGCUGCCAAGCAGUGGGAGCACACGAGUCGUCUCAAGGAGAGCCUCGAGCGCCGGAAGGGCGGUGGGUUCAUUGGCUUGGGAUGGUGGAGUGACGUCGCCUGGGCUCUUCGCGAGUCCGCUGCUGACACUCCCAGCAGCGAGAGCGUCUCCGACUUGAGCCUUGAGGUACUCCGCAAAGCUAUCGAAGCUCUUUGA